AAAACAUAAGCACUACUGUCGUUCCAGACUUCCAGUAGUAUAAUCAUUCCCUCCAGCUAUAUAGCUUGUGUGUGUUCUUUGGAACCAAGAAAAUGGCCUCAUCUGCAAGUGAGAAUCGCUUACUGCUAUCCAAGAUUGCAACCAAUGAAAAACAUGGUGAGAACUCGCCGUACUUCGACGGAUGGAAUAAGUACAAUCAAAACCCAUUUCACCUAACUGAAAAUCCUGAAGGAGUUAUCCAGAUGGGUCUGGCAGAAAAUCAGCUUUCCUUCGACUUGGUUGAAGAGUGGAUUAGGAAAAAUCCCAAAGCCUCUAUUUGCACUGCUGAAGGAAUUGAGAAGUUCAGAAACGUGGCCAAUUUUCAAGACUAUCAUGGCUUACCAGAGUUCAGACAGGCCAUUGCUACGUUCAUGUCGAAAGCAAGAGGUGGUAGAGUCACAUUUGAUCCUCAUCGCGUAGUUAUGAGUGGAGGAGCCACCGGAGCAAAUGAGCUGGUCAUGUUCUGUUUGGCCGACCGCGGCGAUGCUUUCCUUAUCCCCUCACCGUACUAUCCAGCAUUUUACCGAGACCUCGGAUGGAGAACUGGAGUCCAAAUUGUCCCGGUCGAUUGUGAUAGCUCCAACAAUUUCAAAAUAACCAAGGAAGCACUGGAAGCAGCUUAUGAAAAAGCCCAAAACAACAACAUCAAUGUCAAGGGCUUGAUCAUAACAAACCCAUCAAAUCCAUUAGGCACAACCCUAGACAAAGACACACUUGAAAGCCUUGUCACAUUUAUAAACCAAAAGAACAUUCACUUGGUUUGUGAUGAAAUCUAUGCAGCCACAGUCUUCAGCUCCCCAAAAUUCACAUGCAUCACCGAGGUUAUACAAAACAUGAAUUGCAACCCCAACCUAAUCCACAUUGUCUACAGUUUGUCCAAGGACAUGGGGUUCCCGGGACUGAGAGUCGGCAUCGUUUACUCCUACAACGAUGACGUGGUGAACAUUGGCCGAAAAAUGUCAAGUUUUGGGCUGGUCUCAUCCCAAACUCAGCACAUGCUUGCGUCCAUGCUUUCGGACGAAGAUUUUGUCGAGAAGUUCCUCACCACAAGCGCAAAAAGGCUCGCAAAGAGGCACGGGGUCUUCACUGAUGGGCUUGAGGAAGUGGGAAUCAACUGCUUGAAGAGCAAUGCCGGCCUUUUCUGUUGGAUGGACUUAAGGAGGCUAUUGAAAGAUCAAACGUUUGAUGGCGAAAUGGUGUUGUGGCGUGUAAUCGUUAAUGAAGUGAAGCUCAACGUUUCUCCGGGCUCUUCGUUUAAAUGCGUCGAGCCUGGUUGGUUUAGGGUUUGCUUCGCCAACAUGGAUGAUGACACAGUGGAAGUUGCACUCAAAAGGAUUAGGGCAUUUGUAGGGCAAGGAAAGAAAGCUCAAGAACAAGCACAAGUGAAAAGUCCUAAGAAGCGUUGGCAGAGCAAUCUAAGGCUGAGCUUUUCAUCAUCAUCCAGAAGGUUUGAGCAGGAAGGUGUUAGUGUUAUGUCACCACGUAUGAUGUCUCCUCAUUCACCAAUGCCUCACUCACCUCUCCUUCGAGCUACGACUUAAAGAGUAUUGGGGACCUAUACUCUAGUGUGUGCAAUUAAUUAAGGGUACUAGAAAAUAAUUACUGAGGUUGAAUAUGUUUUUAAUUUCGUUUUGGACGUGCUCAUGGUAAUUUUGCCCAUUAUAAUUACUUUGGAUGCUGAUUAAUGCAGCUCUCAAAGGUUUUUUUUAAUGGACUAAAUAGGAAAGCUGUCGUUCAUUUUUUCCUUCAAAAUAUCUAUCAAUAGCGUGAAUAGUCAUAUUCAUGCUAAUCCUCUCUAUUGAGGCCUUAAUAUGCUUGUAGGACUCCCCAUUGUAUCAAGCACUUUUUUCCUUAUGUGACUUUGAAAGCUGAACUAUACAUAUAAAUAAUGUAAAUUAUACUU